AUGUUAGGCCUCCUGGGGAGCACAACACUCGUGGGCUUGAUUGCAGGCACUGCUGUGGCCAUUCUGCUAUUGCUGCGGCUGCUGGCCACCUGCCUGUACAAUGGUCAGCAGGACCACGACGUGGAGAGGAACCGUCCAGCUGCAAGGGGGAACCGAGUCCUGUGGGCUGGGCCCUGGCUCUUCCGGGGCCGGGGCCGGGGCCGGGGCCGGGGCCACAUGGGACGCCUUCACCAUCUCCAUCAUCCAGGCCAUGUGUUUCACAUGCCCCAUGCUGGCCUCCACCACCACCACCACCACCACCACCACCACCACCCUCACCACCACCACCACCACCCUCAUCGAGGCUGCCGCUGA